UCAGAUGAGGCGGAGGCCACGUACCGGACGUGUAUAGCAGAUGCCACCGCUCAGCAGCUGGAGCUGGAGCACACAAAGGUCACAGUGCUGAGACAACUGCAGGACAUCAUCAAACAGAGCGACCAGACCCUCCGCUCGGCGACCAUCUCCUACUACCAGCUCAUGCACAUGCAGACGGUAGCGUUGCCGGUCCACUACCAGACUCUGUGUGAGAGCAGUAAGCUGUAUGACCCGGGCCAGCAGUACGCCGCCCACGUGCGAGACCUGCAGCUACCGGGGCAGCCGACUGUUCAGUACACAUUUGAGAAUUACUGUCCCUCCAGCUCAUCGUCACAGCAUGGCCACAGACCCAGGAAUGACAGUUUCAACACGGAGCAGACGAGCCAAACGGACAGUCCGUCCAUCAGUGUGGACACCACAGCUGGAGAAAGCAGAGACGCAGAGGUUCAACGCAAGAGGCAAGGCCACAAGUCGUGGGGUUCAACAGUGAGUGACGACAGUGUUGGAGGAGAAGGAGGCCUCGAGUCUCCGACUGCCAGCACAAGUGACAUCAGUAAAAUUGCUCGGACGUCAUCCACUGGAACAAUGUCAUCCAACGAGGACGCAGAUGAGAAAGAGGGAAAUGUGACCUCAUUUGAAUCUCCAAACAUGAACGGCAUGGAUCCUGAUGUGGUGGUGUCCACCAGACCUUUCCGUAACAUCGGCCUGUCGAAGGCAGCCAGAACCCACCGACUGAGGAAACUACGGACUCCUGCAAAGUGCCGCGAGUGUGACAGCUACGUUUACUUCCAGGGGGCCGAGUGUGAGGAG